GUCCCGCCACAAUGAGCGCAGAGUGGGGCGAGAGGUCCACAGCGGACCUCAUGAGCAGGUACGUCGCCGAGGGGACGGGGCACGGCGUGCCCCGGGAGGGCUGGCGCAUCUGCCUGGCACACGAGUUCAAGGAGAAGCGGAAGCCCUUCCAGGCGAGGGACGUCUCCCUGUCCAACCUCUGGGAUCACAUCGGCCUCGGAGUCAGGUAUCUGAAAUGGUGGUACAAGAAGACCCAGGUGGAAAAGAAGGCUCCGUUCAUCGAUAUGUUUGGUGCCCAACCCUUGCGUCAGAUAUACGGCGCUCCACUCGGAGGUAUUGGAGGAGGAACCAUCACCAGAGGCUGGAGGGGGGAGUUCUGCAGGUGGCAACUCAACCCUGGAAUGUACCACUACAAGACUGUCACUGCCGACCAGUUCACAGUGUGUUUGCGUCGCGGAGGACAAACAGUUUACCAGCAGGUGCUGUCUGUGGAGAGACCGCCCACGUUGCAGGGCUGGAACUGGGGCUACUGCGGCGAGUACGCCUUCUACCACGCCCUGUACCCCCGCGCCUGGACCGUCUACCACCUGCCGGGCCAGAACGUGACCCUGACCUGCAGGCAGAUUUCCCCCGUCGUCCCCCACGACUACCAGGACUCCAGCCUCCCAGUGGCAGUGUUCGUGUGGGACGUGGAAAACAAGAACGACCACGACCUAGAUGUCUCCAUCAUGUUCACCGUGGUCAACGGGUCGGGGCACAAGAACGACAAGGGCGGCGGACACUGGAACGAGCCGUUCCACCUGGAGAAGGAGGGGCAGGCGGUGUCGGGGGUCCUGCUGCACCAUCGCACCGCGGUGAACCCGUACACGUUGUGCAUCGCGGCCCGAGAGCAGCCCGAUAGGGAAGUCAGUCACCAGACAGCGUUCAGUCCAAAGGGAACCUGCGGAGACCUGUGGAGCGACCUCAUCACCGAUGGACGGCUGGACUCUCCGACGGGUUCCAGCCCGCCGACGGCGAGAGGAGAGAAGGUGGCGGCAGCGUUGGCUGCGGGUUGCUCGGUGCCGGCUCAGAGCCGUAGCACGCUGGAGUUCUGUCUGGCCUGGGACAUGCCCAAAAUCACCUUCGGCUCCGGAGAGAGGGAACACACCAGGAGAUACACUCGUUUCUUCGGGACCAAAGGGGACGCGUCCCCCUCUCUCAGCCACUACGCUCUAACACACUACAAACGGUGGGAGGAGAGCAUCGAGGAGUGGCAGAGGCCAAUUCUGCAGGACAGUUCUCUCCCCUCCUGGUACAAGUCGGCCCUGUUCAACGAGUUGUACUUUGUGGCGGACGGAGGCUCGGUGUGGACGGAACUGGCGGAGGACGCCGACGUCAGCGGCGGCGUGCGCAGCGAGGACGGCGGGCUACCGGCUCAACCUGCCGUCAUCAAAGAGUACGGGCGCUUUGCCUACCUGGAAGGUCAGGAGUACAGAAUGUACAACACCUACGACGUGCACUUCUACGCUUCCUUCGCGCUCAUAAUGCUGUGGCCCAAACUCGCCCUGAGCGUGCAAUAUGAUAUCGCCGGCAGCGUGGUUCAGCAGGACCCGACGGAGAGGCUCCAUCUGAUGAGUGGCCGCUAUUCGCCCGUCAAGGCCAAACACGUGGUGCCUCAUGACAUCGGAGACCCAGAUGACGAGCCGUGGCAGCGGGUGAAUGCCUACCUCAUUCAUGACACUGCGGACUGGAAGGACUUGAACCUGAAGUUUGUCCUCCAGGUCUACAGGGACUUUCAUCUCACCCAGGACAGUCAGUACCUGCGGGACAUGUGGCCCAUCUGCCAGGCAGCGAUGGAGUCUGAGAUGAAAUUUGACCUGGACGGAGACGGACUCAUAGAAAACUCCGGAUAUGCCGACCAGACCUAUGACGGGUGGCCGGUGACUGGACCGAGUGCAUACUGCGGUGGGCUGUGGUUGGCGUCGCUGUGUGUGAUGUGUAAGAUGGCCCGACUGGUGGACAGCGAGGAGGCGUACCGGCGUUACAAAGACAUCAUUGACAGAGGCAGUGCCGCUUUUGACAAACUGCUGUGGAACGGAAAGUAUUACAACUAUGACAGCAGUGGGAGAGAGCUUUCCAACAGCGUCAUGUCUGACCAGUGCGCCGGCCACUGGUUCCUGAGGGCGUCCGGGCUGGGGGAGGGAGAAUACCAGGCUUUUCCAAAAGAGAAGAUCCAGAGUGCACUGAAAUCUGUUUUUGACUUGAACGUCAUGAGCUUCGCCGGAGGCCAGAUGGGAGCGGUCAACGGCAUGCGUCCCGAAGGAGUGCCGGACCGAUCCAGCGUCCAGUCGGACGAGGUCUGGAUUGGAGUCGUGUAUGGACUGGCGGCCACCAUGAUCCAUGAGGGUAUGAGGGAUGAGGGUAUGCGCACGGCCGAGGGCUGCUACCGGACCGUGUGGGAGAAACUGGGCAUGGCCUUCCAGACUCCUGAAGCCUACUGCGAGAAGGGCAUCUUCCGCUCUCUGGCUUACAUGCGCCCUCUGAGCAUUUGGGCCAUGCAACUCGCCCUCAACACGUCACAGACGGCUCAGACUACAUCAGCUCAAACCGGAGACACGGAUGGGAGCAGGGACGGGGUUUAAGGGGAAAAAAAACCCCAAAAAACCAAGAGCUAUUAGACUGGGUGUAUCAUCAAGUUCCUCAGACCACAAACGCUCCAGCAGCCGCCGGGAUCAUCGGCGCUUCACCGACCCGCAGUGCUCUCUGGUCUACUGGUUACAGACCUUGAAUUUCAUUCUCUACUGCUCAUUUUUUGCUUUCAGAUGUUUCGUCAUUUGAGGCUUGAGGUCAGCAACCACUAUAGGUCGCCAUUUGGUGAAAGGGUUCGACGUUUUUCAAGAUUCCGGAGGAAAGAGUGCAAGCCAGGCACCGUCAAAAACAAAAGCCAGUAUGUAGUUCCUAAUCAAAAGUUGUGCACGCGUGAACACACACUACAUUUAACAAUCUACAAUCAUGUAACUAAUAAUGUUUUGCGUUCUUGCUACGAGUUUAUAUGCUAAUUAUUUGAGGUAAUAUUGACUUCUAACCAAUGAGAACAUCAGAAGGUCUGCGUGAUUCUAUAUAAAUUUGAUUUAUUACCGGAUCAGAUAUCUAGACAUGGAGUCAAUAUGAAUAUUUUUUUUCUCUUCCAUUUAAAUUUGAAUGCUGAAAUAAACGGUGUAGUGUGUGAUGAGUAGCGAUGGAAAUUGAGACUGAAAAUUAUAUUUUCUUCUUUUUUUGAAAUAGCAUUUUGGUGCCUUGUUGCAUGUUGGCCGAAAUCUACACUGUAUAAAUGCAGCGGCGACCAUUACUGUUUUAUAAGAUCCGAUACUCGUGACAAUCAUGCCGAAUAAAUGACUGACUAAGACGGGA